AUGGUGGAGCUGGAAACGAGCAACGAGCAUGGGCCAGAAGGGCACCGCAUCGAUGCUCAUGAGGCUGCACGUAACGUUGAUAGCACACCAGAAUAUGCAUCUCAAGGCGAUACUGCUCGGAAUUUGAACACAUCUGCUACUGUUGAGGCUAGCGGAGAUGGCGAAUCGACUCCAGGCUUCGCAAUCAAUGAACAGAGGGAUGCCAUAAUCCGAGAAAUGCAGCUGCUCAUGCAAAACGAAAGAAUGGAAAGAGAAAGAGUUAGGGAUAUGCUAGCCAAGCAACAGAAGCUGCGCAUAGGUAAUCCAGUGAGUCCGGGGAAGGAGGUAACCACCAUGAAGUUACUCACCAUAGCAAAGGAGAUCAGCGGGCGCAGUCCCGCGCACGGAAAACCGCAGUUGGACGAAAGGCGUGAUAAAAGGGAACGUGCGUAUUACAGGAAUCUGCACAGAACGCGGGCAGCUGCGCCUCCUGAAGACAAAGGAUACUACAAACAGAGUUGCGCCGACGGCAGAGAUUUGAUCCGAGUGCUAGACGUGGACCAGUUGCCGCUGCCGAUGCUUCACCAUAUGCUAUGCUACUCCCUAGUCAAGCACAUGCCGGCAGAAGCGGUGCUUCAGGUCAUAUCGCGCAUCGCCAUGCUCAGGGACAAUAACAGCCACGUCGCGUAUCAGAACUUCCUGAGGGACAUCGGUAAAAUAGCCAGCCCAAUAUGCCGCGCAGAGGUCGUGGCGCUGCUCUCCAGAGGAUACCAGAGUGUCAGUGUACCCUUCAUGGUGGACUACGUGCGGCGGUUUGGCACGUUCUCGAGGCGGUUCUUAGCCAAGCUGAUACAGCGACACGCGCAGCCGCAGGCGCUUGACUUCCUCAGGUACAGGGCAGGGCAACGGCAAAUCAACCAGAUCCUGACACGACCGUGGGCACUCUUCGGAUACGUGAAGAUGCUCAAAAAGUCCUCAGCCAAAACGUACAUGUACCACAAUCUCUUGGCGAGGGGAUACGUGCCGAAUGAGACCGUGUUUGACAGAUUCCACGCCUUCGGCACGCUGGACCCCGGCAUGGCUAGCACGAUACUGAAUUCGGAGAAGCUGCUCAACGACACCGUUGCCUUCAGCGACCACACGCCGAAGCAGGACGCAUCCAGGCCAAGCAUGUACGAUACCGUUCUCGAGGCACAGGCGCUGGGUCUGCCCCUGGAGGACCUUGUGGAGGAGUCCGCUCCCUGUAAAAUGGAUGGAAAAGACGACGAUGUUGCGUUGCCAUCCCGUAUGAGCACGCAGCUGGUCAAGAUACAAACCCAGCUGCCGCGGCAUCAGCCGCCAACCGCGACUACUGGCUUCCACGAUGUUGAUCGCGAUCUUCCGGCGAACAGGAGCAACAUUACAUGGAGCACACCGUGGGGGCGGCGCAGGGACGUCUUCCAUUUCAGAGGUAGGCGGCGCACUCAACGAUUCAUAACGAGCAGGCAAAACGUACACCCUGGACCCAGAUGCUGGCUGGAAAAUGUCCCGCAGCGCGGUCAGGCCACACUACCUCAAGAACAUACAGAUGAACAGGCGCAAGGCACGCAGAAAAGCACUCAGACGCUCGGCCGCAAAGCGAGCGCGCGAAAUGCUCGCGGAUCGUAUGACAUAGUGUACAAUAUUGAAAAGGUCUCGUACGUGUUGCGAUUAAAGCGCGGCGUUCCGUUUCGGCGCGCUGCUGAAGUAGUCACUGUUGAACCAGAAGUAGCCGGAGACGUUCAGCACGAACACGCCGGUUCCCAGAAAAAUUGCCGGCCACGGACGAUACGAUUUCUUGAACACAUAUCCCACCCCCUUCAGGGCCGUCGACAACGGAGAAGUUCGUAUGGCCAUCGUUACAUGGGCCGUUUCAUAUUAUGA